GGAGGGGCAGGGCCAUGGAGUUUGUAGUUGAUUCUUAGUUUGACUGUGAGCCACUGAAGUUGACAGAGGAUGGGGGUGAUGUGGUGUGUGGUUGGUGUCCGAGUGAUGAGGUGUGCUGCUGAGUUUUGGAGGGGCUGCAGUUUCUGGACGGACUUGUUUGGGAGACCGAAGAGCAGUGAGUUACAUUAAUUGAGCCGGGAAGUGACUAGACUACAGACAAGAGUGGAAGUGGUAUGGCGGGUGAGAGAAAGGAGGAGACGAGAAAUAUUGUGAAGGUGGAAGUAGGCUGAUCUGGUGCUGUCGUUGAUAUAGGAGCUGAAGGAAAGUUGGUGUCACGGAUGACACCCACUCUUAACCUGAGUAGAGGAAGACAUCGGUACAUUGUUGAUGGUAGCAGAGAAGUUAUUGUCAUUAGAGAGCGUGACGUUGUUGCCUACAGGGAGGACUUCAGAUUUUGAGCUGUUGAGGAGGAGGAAGUUAGAGGAGAACCAAGAGUAAAUGUCUUCUGAAAAGAGGGUGAAGGUGGAAGGAAAGAGAUUGGUUUUGAGGAAAUGUAGAACUGGGUCUCAUCCGCGUCGUAGUGAAAGUGAAUGUUGCGUUUGCGGAAGAUGGAACCGAGGGGGAGAAUGUCAAUAAUGAAGAAGAGACAGGGAGGGAUUUGGAUUUGUGGGGGCCGAAUUUGGCAAAUUGUGUGCGGUCAGACAGGUAGGAAGUGAACCAAGAAUGGGGUGUGAAUGAUUAAAUUUAGAAAUCUUUAGACAUCAGAACAAUUUUCUGGACCAAUUAAACAUUUUUCUGUUUUGACUUGCAAGUAAAAAAUGAAGUUUCGAGUUUUGGGGGGUGGCAGCAAACUUAAUAAAUCAUGAGCGUGCUAACAAUUUAUUAAAUUGAUAAAGUCACCAGUGUUUUUUUUUCAUGCAGUGGGACUUGAACUGUUUUUGUGUUUUUUUUUUUUUUCCUUCCAUGCAGUGGGACUUGAACCGUGACCCUUUGGUUCCAAAGUCCUAAACCCGUUGUGAAGAAUGUUUGACAUCUCUUUGCUCAUUUUUUUCAAACACAAACUGCAAUGUCAUGGUAAAAAUGUAGAUAAUGUGUACGAAGUUACACAUCCUACACAACGAAGGAUGCUUCAAAGCAGGAAAUCAUAUUGUUUUAACCUUAGUGAUGUGAUUCAUAUCUACAACCACAGAAUACUUAAUAUGGAACAUACUUAAUAUAUGACUUAUUCAACAUUUGUCUGACUUUUUUUCCCGUUUUUUUCCCCCUCCUCUUCCUCGCUGUUCUGGUGAUUGGAAAAAAAAUCUUCAGCACACAUUUUUGGGGUCCAGUAGCAAACUGGGGCCUCCCCAUAGCUGCUUUCAGUGACAUGAAAAAGAGUCCCGAGAUUAUCAGUGGCAGGAUGACCUUUGCUCUGUGUUGUUACUCUCUGCUGUUCAUGCGUUUUGCCUACAAAGUGCAACCCCGCAACUGGCUGCUGUUUGCUUGCCAUUUGACCAACGAGUCUGCACAGCUGGUUCAGGGUGGUCGGCUCAUUAAGUACAACCUAGAGAAGAAGACAUCUUAGUGGCAAAAUGAAGUCUUUCCUGUUCCACCAUCCAGUUGAAAGGAGCCACACAGACGUGUGCAUUUAUCUAAUCACAGAAGCUGUGUGUCUUGCCCCUCUUAACAAUGAUUGAGUUCAACUAAUUUAUGGUCAUCUUUUACAAAAGACUUGUUCCUUAAUUUUACUGAUUGGAUUCAUAUUUCCACUGUACCUUGAGUGAAUGUAUGUAUGUUCAAUUCACUUUGCACUUGAGAUUUAUCCCAAUCAAGGUUGAUUGGACAGAAUUUAAAGUGCUUUCACCAUCUUAUGAUAUUUCACUGGAAACUAAAGUUAUGUAUAGUAUCACCAUUUGACGGAAUUAACACUUAAAGCAAUAAUGACUGUUACUCCUGAAGCUAAAAUACAAUACAGUUCAGUUGAAUGUGGCAAAAUGAAGCUGCCUGGACACUAUUCAUCCAAAUUUUAGUCUCACGUCUGUUCCUGCUGACUGAUUUUGCACAGUGUUUGACUUUGCCAUUCUAUAAUUUAUUGUCUAAUUGAAUCACAAUUUCCCUCUAUUGAUCUGAUUCUUGGGUUUGUAAAAUAAAAAAAGCUGAAAACAACUUUAA